UCUGUGGUGAUUACGUGUAUCUCAGCUGCUAGCGGCGGCAGCUAGCCGGUCACACGGGACGUCAUAAGCGGGGUAACACCGACUGACACGACGGUAGCGGCCCGUUGAGAGGAGGCAGACCGGAAGAGCAGACACCGAGUCACGGACCGAUACUACCGGAGAUAAUAUGCAGUAGCAGGAUGGAGUCACGGGUACCGGUCCGACCCGAGCGGUUCUGCACGAGGCUCCGGCUCAACCCUCGCCACCAGGAGCCGUAACGUGCAUCGCGACCACGCCGCAGACGUCCACUCGCCCUCGGAGAGAAACACGCGGAGCGCCGACAUGUUCGCCAAGUUGAAGAAGAAGAUCGCGGAGGAGGCCGCCACGGCGCCUCGGACCGGCGUCCGGAUCCCGCGCACCAUCAGCAGGGAGUCCAUCGCCUCGGGGGGGGGGGCGGACUCGGGGGACGACUUCGCCUCUGAUGGCAGCAGCUCCAGGGACGACCUGCCCACCCAGCUUCUCAGAAGGAACGAUCAGAUCCGGAAGCUGGAGGCGAAGCUCUCAGACUACGCUGAGCAGCUGCGAAUUAUGCAGAAGACCAAGGAGAAGCUUGAGGUUGCGUUAGAAAAGCUUCAGGAUUCGUCCAUCAAGAAGCUCCAGGACCAGAACGAGUCCCACCAGGCCAGCAGAGCGCGGCUGGCCGACGGCAUGGCGCUCGCCCUGGAGAAGAAGGAGCAGGAAUGGAUGGAGAAGAUGACUGAUGUGGAAAAGGAGAAGGCCUCCCUCUCGGCCCGGGUGGAGGACAUGAUGGAGCAGAGUGUAGCCUUGUUCCAGAAGAGGGAUGACCUGGACGAGCUGGAGGGCUUCCAGCAGCAGGAGAUGGCGAAGGUCAAACACAUGCUGCUGAAGGAGGAGCAGCAGCUGAGCCGGCGGGACCUGGAGCUGCAGCAGAAGGAGGCCGAAGUCCAGAGGAGCCGGCGAGCGCUGCAGGAGAGCCGCAGCCUCAACGCCGAGCUGGAGGUGGAGCGGGAGGAGCUGCUGCUGCUCCGAGAGGAGGCGGAGCUGAAGAUCGGGGAGCUGCAGGCCGUCGUGCAACAGGUGUCGGAGGACUUCCAGAAGUCCCAGAGGACGGCGUCGACCCUAGAGGAGGCCCUCGAGGAGCUGCAGGCGGAGCGCGACGCCCUGAAGUUACAGCAGCAGAAGGUCAGGACGCCAUCCAGAGAUGUGUGUCGCUCGCUGCUGGACCUGCAGAGGAAAGUCUCGUCUCUGGACCGCCGGCUGCAGGAGAACCUGAGCCCAGAACAGCACCUCCAGGAGCUCCUCCAGGAGAAGUGCAUUCUGGAGACGAGUCUGGAGGAGACCAGAGCUGAACUGCUACAGGUCAGGACCAACCACCAUGACACCGUCAGCUCCCUGGAGACACAGGUCUCCAGGCUGAGCUGCAGCGUCUCUGAACUUCAGACUCUCCUCAGACACAAAGACGACUCGUCCAGAUCCUACAAGGAGAGGACGGACACACAGAUCUCUAACUUGGAGCAGAGCGUCCUGGACGGAGCGGCGAGGACGAAGAGCGCUGAGCGGCAGCUCUCAGAGACGCUGCAGCAGGAGGACCGACAGCGGGCCUCUCUGGAGCAGCAGAGUCAGGAGGAGGCGCGCCGCCUGGAGGAGACCAUCUCCUCCUUACAGGGGGAGACUCAGAGGCUGCAGGACGCAAUGGUGGAUCUGGAGCAGCAGAGGCUCCUGGGGGCCUCCAGGCUCAGCCAGAGGACGGAGCAGCUGGAGCAGAGCCGGGUGGAGCUGAGCAGUCAGCAGACGGUAAGCACAGAGAUCGCUAAAGCUCUGGAAGAAAGCCGACGUCAGAAGGAGGAUCUUCAAACCCGGGUGGUAGAGAUGACGUCAUCGCUCCAGACCUCCCAGCAGCAGCUGGCGCUGGCGGAGGAGAACGCCACGGCGCUGCAGAACGAGGUUCAGAGUCUGCAGGCGUCUCUGGGGCAGCUGCAGGAGGAGGCGGAGCUACAGAGGGUCCUGAUGGAGCAGGUGGAGCUGGACAGAGACGCCCAGCUGAGCCGCCUGAGGGACGAGAAGCUCACACACACACAGCAGCUGGACGGCUGCCAGGCUCGGGUGUCGUACCUGGAGGUGGAGGUGGAGACGUUGACGGAGCAGCUGCACAGCCCUGAGGUGUGUGAGCAGGACCAGAAUGGCAGCGUGGCGCCGGAAGACCUGGACCACAUCCAGAAGGUCAACCGGGAGCUGGAGCAGCAGCUCGCCGACAAGAACCGGAUCAUCAAGCAGCUGCAGCAGAGGCUGGCUGAGCUGAAGAGGACGCUGCAGAAGGAGCUGAAGCUGAAGCCUGAGCCGGAGGCCGAAGGGAAGGAGAAGUUCCCAGAAGGCCGAGCGGACAAACCGGAGCGUGUCGGUCCAGACCCCCAGAUGCCUCCGGCCUCCUCCGCCAUGAGCCCCCCCACCUCCAGCACCCUGGUGACCAACACCUCGGACCUCAACGACUCUCGAGAAAUCAACUUUGAGUACCUCAAACACGUCGUGCUCAAGUUCAUGUCGUCCAGGGAGGCCGAGGCGUUCCAGCUGAUCCGAGCCGUGUCGGUGCUGCUGAACUUCAGUCGGGAAGAAGAGGACAUGUUGAAACAGACUCUGGAGUACAAGAUGUCCUGGUUUGGAUCCAAGCCGUCUCCGAAGGGGGCCAUCCGGCCCUCCGUCUCAGGCUCCUCCUCCCAGUGGGGCUGAUGAAGCGUUCGAGAGAACCAGGAGGAGGGGGGAUCCUCCAGGAGGAGGGGGUCCCUCCAGGAGGAGGGGGAUCCCUCCAGGAGGAGGGGGAUCCUCCAGGAGGAGGUCCCUCUGUGAGCAGGACUCGGGACACAUUGAAGGGGGAGGACGGAGAAGACUUCUAACUUCAUUUCUCCGUGGUGAAGGCCGGCCUUUGGCCGCAUGUUAUUAUGUCACGGAGGGUAAACUUGUACACAUUCACACUGGAAUUUUGAGAGUCAAAUUUUUCAUUCCCUGACUCAUGUCGAAAAAAUAUUUUUUCAAUUCUGUGAAAACGGCAAAAAGUGAGUCGGCAUGUCGGGAAACGAGGCGUAAACAAGGGCCUGACUGUUAUCUCGGUUCUACCCGGUUAAAAACACUAAAUCUGUUUUUAACCAGAACGAAUAUGACUUGAAGCGUCUCCUCUGGACCGAAGGAGCGUCGAUGGCUGCAGGACCUUGACCUUUGAGCUUUUAGCGUGUGACCUUUGUGUUGACAUCAGAGGGCUUCGCCGUGAAAGGGACUUGAAGAGAACCUAGAACCUUCCACAUGGUCCGUGUAGAAGGAUCUGACUUGUUCUCCCGGGCUUGAAGCCGGUGUAUCUUGGUGAUGGCGUUAGUAUCAGGCUACUUUAUGAAGCCACGAGCACAAUCGAGGGAAGCCAUUGGGUUUUACAUCCAACGGUACAAAUUCAAAUUAUUUUUGGGGAUUGAUGGUAAUUGCUGAGUCGUGAUUAAUCGUGUGGGGGGGUGAAGGUUUUAACAAAACCUCCGUGGUUUUUAUUUCUCUUCAAAGUGACGUGUUCAUCAAGUUUCUUCACUGUGGUUCCAUCCUCCAGGACCGUUACCGGUCUGGACCCUCAGACCGGGUCUGGCUCUCGUUGGGAUCCGAUCCACCGGACCACGUGCCGAGGUGGUCUGGCUCACAUUGAGUCCAGGUCUCAGUGAGGGCUGUGGACAGCAUGUGGACUCAAUCCAGUCCAGCACACGUAGGUCUCCAUCACCCCCACCUCAAAGGAGACAGACCUGCUGUCUGAGUCCUGAUCCAGGAUCUAGCUCCUUCAAAAUAAAAGCUUUUAAAGAACAGAAUAUCUGAUAAAAAUGAUUAAAUUGUGUCAUCAGCCGAGCGUCGUUAAAUAAAACCCAGACCACUCGGACUGUAGGAAGAGGAAGCAUCACAAAUAAUGUGGGACUUUUAUUGUGGAGGAUUUACAGGAGAUGCAAUGUAUUUAUUCAUGUUUUACCGCCUUUGAGUAUGAAGGGUUUGGGACACGAGGCGUAUUCAAAAGACUAAGAGAUGGUCUGGUACAGAUUGUUUAGGCUCCUACAAGUAUUGCAGAAUAAUAAAUACAGAGUAGAAAUAUCUGAUGAUGAUUUAUUGGAAAUUAUUUGGAACAUUUGUACUUUUACACAAACACAUUGUGGAUAAGGAUCCCUUGGAUUUGGUUAAUAAAGAGCUAUGUGAGAUAUUCCAGUGUAAUAAUAAAGGCCUCUGUCUGCUCUUGAAGACUAAGUAUGCAUUGAAGUGGGUCCCAGUGCUGAGCCGGCGGACCCUAAUCUCAUGUUGGAGAACACAAACAGGGCUUGAUCUGGGUCCAACAGUCUCCUGGGGGAACCAAGAUGGCUGCUCCUCUAACACCAGUUAGCUGAUAUAUAUAGCAUUGUGAUGAAAUAAGUGAAUGCAAUGUACAUGAUAACGGGCUCUACCUUUACCUGCCUUUGCUAAUGUAAAAAGUACAUUCCACGUGUAUUUAUAUGGAGACGUAUGUACAUACUGUAUGCAUUAAGAACUUUAUAAAUCAGUGGAUGCCGAUGGUUUUCAGUGUUUAUCAUCAUCAGAGGCCAGAACCUGAAGGCGCCGCUCAUCUCGGUCAUUCCUCCCUGGAGAGCUGUGGACAUCAGUGGGGAGCCUGCAUGUGGAGCCAUGCGCACUGUGAAGGUGCUCUUUACAGUGCGAGGCUAUGAGGCAGAACAUGGCAUCGUCUGUGUGUGAUUAUGCAAGCGCUCAUCCUCCAGUGUUUCUAAUGAUGGGUGAUAUUAUUAUUAUUAAUAAUAGUGUGCUAUCUCCGUGAGAGGAAACAGAAACCCUGAACCUGACUCUGCUGUGUUUAAACACAACUGUACAAUCACUGCAGCGCCGCUGUCUUUGGCUUCUUAUGGUUUAAUAUCUGCCACUGCAACGGUUUCUUUUUCCAACAUUUAUUACAAAUAAACUUGAAAUGAUGAAUUCACUCAUCCUGCCUCCAGACAUAUUUGGUGGGAAUGCUAACUGUCUCCUUUCUACUCAAAGGUCUUCAACGUGUCAUCAUUCUCACCCAUUCACACUCUGAUGGGAGGAGCUACCUCCUUAACUCGGGGUCGGGAACCGUUAAUUUGAGCAUAAAGCUGAACCAUAAGAGUGUGAAAGGUUUCUGAGUACUUAGUUUAUCUCGUUUCCUUUCCUUGAGGAGGAACUACAAAUCCUCAGGACUUAAAACGACUGCUCGUUUUCACGUCUUUAGCUUGUUUCCGGCUGCUUUUCCACCCUCCGCCAGUGAGCGGCGCUGUUUUGACCCGCGAAGCCACGAAGAAGAAGAAGGCCUCCGGAAGCUAUAUAUAGUGAGCGCGUGGAGCUUCCGGUCUUUCCUACAGGGCUGGAGCGCGAUCACGGUGAGGAGCGCGAGACUCGACCGCCCGUUGAGUCCUGACUGAUCGACCAGAACCUGGAGAACCUGAGUUCUACAGUGUCCUGACCGUGAUCAAGCAGACCCAGAAGGAGAACCUGAGGAAGUUCUACAGGGUAAGAAGGAGACGCUCCGGGACCUGAGACCCAGGAGACCAGAGCUCUGCACCGCCGGACCAACAACCUGGACUCCUCCCAGCUUAGAGGCUUCCUCUGUUGACAAAUAAAACCUGUGUCAAAGACAA